AUGGAGACAGUAAAGAAGAUGAGAUUUAAAAGCUAUUUUAUCUUCCUAGUUAUGGUGUGCUCAAGGAAACUCUUUGCAGAAGAUACACCUUGUGAUUUGCCACAGAUAGAAAAUGGAAACCUUCCCCAGUACUAUUACAGUUUCAAAAGUUACUAUUUCCCUAUGCAUAAAGGAAAAAAGCUCUCCUAUUCUUGCGUGGUUGGUUACACAACUGAAAGUGGGACUCAAGAUGGAAGAAUAACUUGUACAGCAAAAGGAUGGUCUCCAGUGCCUCGAUGUUACAGAAAAUGCACCAAGCCUCUUUUGGAAAAUGGCUCUUUUUACAGCACAGAAAUGGACUUCAAAAUCCAUGAGAAACUGCAAUACAAAUGUAAUCCAGGUUACCUUACCCCAGGUGGUGCUGCUGAAGAUACAGUGCAGUGUCAGCCACGAGGAUGGUCUUCCCAGCCAAGCUGUACCAAAACACUUGGGCGGUGCCAGGUGCCGCGGCUGGAGCACGGCAGCUAUGCAGACACGGCGCGGGAGGUGCGGCGGAACGGCACCGUGCGCUACCGCUGCCGGCCGGGAUUCCGCUCCGCCACCGGGAGCGCCGCCGCCACCGCGCUGUGCCUCCCCCACGGAUGGGAUCUGCCCCCACGCUGCACCAGGAUAACCUGCUCCGCUUUGAGUGAAGUAGCUCAUGGAGGUUUCUAUCCUGUGAAGAAAAGCUAUGAAGAAGGAGAUGUAGUUCACUUUUUCUGUGACAAACAUUAUUCUGUCACUGGAUUUGAUUUAAUUCAGUGCUAUAAUUUUGGGUGGUAUCCAGACCCUCCAGUGUGUGAAGAUGUAAAAAAUAAAUGUCCUCCACCACCACUCCCUCAUGGCCAUAUCAGCACAGCCAGAAGAACAUAUCAUAAUGGAGACAAAGUUAAUGUACAGUGCACCUUGGGAAGGAGAGGAUCUGAGGAAAUCCAGUGUGAAGGAGGAAAAUGGACAUCACCCUCUAUCUGUAUUGGAGCUGUGGAUAACCAGGAAUCUGGGACAGCACCACCACUACUCGAGGCAGAUGCAGAAAAAAGGGCAAACCAAACACAUCACAAUGAAGAUUUGAAAAUGCAGCAAGACUGUGCCUCUCCACCUGUGGUUAAAAAUGGUGCUGUCCUGGGCCCAGUACUGGCAAGUUACAAAAAUGGUUCCUGGGUAGAAUAUGUUUGUCAGUAUUACCACAUUUUGGAUGGGCCCAGUACUGUUUAUUGUCACCAAGGAAACUGGACAGAACAACCAACCUGUUUAGAACCAUGUACUCUGAAUGUAACUGAUAUGGACAGCAACAACUUAACACUGAAAUGGAGACGGGAAGAAUUAGUUUUCCUCCAUGGAGAUCUCAUAGAGUUUGAAUGUAAACAGGGAUUUAGUUUUCUCCAGACUGCCAUUCCAUCUCCUGGGAGGACACAGUGUGACCAAGGCAGACUGAAUUAUCCAAAAUGUGUUAUUCAAGCUGCUACAGAAAAAUGUGGCUCUCCACCCUCUAUUGCAAAUGGAGCUCUGACUGUCCCAGCACUGCCCCAGUAUGACAGUGGCUCUUCAGUUCAGUAUAUUUGCUCUGAGUAUCAUUUUUUGCAAGGCUCUGAGAGAAUCCACUGCUCUGAAGGACAAUGGACCUCACCUCCAGUUUGUAUAGAGCCGUGUACUUUAUCAAAAACUGAAAUGGAAAAAAAUAAUGUGCUGCUACAAGCAUUCUAUGCAGAUCAAGUUUACUUUUACCACGGGGAUUAUGUUGGAUUUUACUGCAAACAGAACCAUUUUGGAGCAGAAUCUGGCACAACUUUAUUUCAAGUACAGUGUGAGAGAGGACAGCUGGCAUAUCCAAGGUGUGUUGAAAGAGAAAAGCAAGUAUGGACUUGAGGAAAGGCCAUAGGAAAGGUAUGUAUGUGUUCUUUAUCUCUUAUUAGCAGGUGAAUUAGGGUGGCCUCGUGUUCUCCAGGCUGCUCCACUCAGCUUUGGGAAUUGAGUGUUGAGUCUGAGCUGCAGGGGGAUGGAAGGGGAAGGCCUUUGUGGGAUGAGGAUGAGCAGUGCAGCACAGGGAUGCAAUAUUGGCAUACACAUUGAAAAAGCUGCAGGAAGGACUUGUACACCUUAACAGCACUCCUUCUCCCUUCACAGGUAAGGAGCCUCUAAAGGACUGACCUUGAGGAACAAUAUAAAAGAGCAAAUAUAAAAAAGUUUUUAAGGGAUCUGUAAAACUACUUAAAACCUAGAAGUAUACAAAUUGACUGAAAAGUUUGGGGUUUUUUUAACUAUUUUAAGAAUAUUAAAAUGCAAGUACCUGGUAUGAUUUCCUAUAUACUUAAAUAUUGAUACUCUUGAGGCUCUGCCUGAGAACAAGUGUGCCUACAACUAUGAAGAAAAUCCAGGAAUGUGGACAAAGUUUGCCUUGCAUCCAUUUUAGUCUGGUUUAAUAAAAAAGCCACUCUAAGGG